AUGGGUUUAACACAGAGUUCAGAGGUGUCGGAAGGAGGGACAUAUGGAUACCAUGUUCACGGUGUGCAGCCAAAUUCACCCGCAGAGCAAGCUGGACUUCAACCAUACUUCGACUUUAUUUUGUCCCUUGACAAUAAAAGACUUAAUGAGGAGAAUGACCUGUUGAAAGACGUGCUGAAAGCCAAUAUGGACAGAUCAAUAACAAUGGAGGUGUACUGUACUAAAACCAUGAGGGCUCGCACGGUUCAGGUGGUGCCCAGUAACAUAUGGGGAGGACAAGGUCUGCUUGGAGCCAGCGUUCGCUUCUGCAGCUUCCAAGGAGCCAAUGAGAACGUUUGGCAUGUCCUGGAUGUGGAAGUCAGUUCACCAGCUUCGUUAGCAGGACUUCAGCCGUACAAUGACUACAUUAUUGGAGCAGAUCAGGUUUUGCAAGAUUCUGAAGACUUUUUCUCACUAAUUGAGGCUCAUGAAGGAAAGGCUUUAAAGCUGAUGGUGUAUAACACUCAAACUGACACAUGCAGAGAGGUGGUGGUAACGCCUAAUGGUGCAUGGGGUGGAGAGGGCAGUCUUGGUUGUGGAAUUGGUUAUGGUUACCUGCACCGAAUCCCUGUUCAGAGUGAUGCAGUGACACCGGAACUUCCCACCCCCGCAGUUGUUCCUGAAGAAACACCUUCAGUGCCUUUGAAUCAUGGAUACACGGAGACUCUUUUGUUGGCUCCGUCAACUCCAAGUGAAGACCCACUGGAGCUACAGGAGGUCUCUCUUCAGACAGAGCCCCUGCCUCCACCCAUUCAGAGAGUCAUGGACCCUGGCUUCACUGAGUCAUCUGUACCAGAGCUGGUAACUGAUGCUACAGAUUUGUUGGAAAAGAUUGAUCUGUCCAUGUCUUCCAUUGAUAUGACAAACACCUCUCUCGCUAUGCAUGAGGAAAAAGAUGGUGACAUAUCAGGUGUAGAGGAGCUGGAAGAUAGUGAACUGAUCCAGAAUGCUCCAGAGUUGAGUCCUGAGGCGGCGAUGGACCUCACUGCUGCUCUUGCCUUCAACGAUUCUACCGCUCUGCUGUCUGAACCCUCUGGAGUGUUCUCUGAGUCCACUGAGCUGCCCAGUUCUCUCUUUGAGGCGUCUGAUGUUGCCAUCUGUCCCACCCCAGACUCACUGGACCGUCCCACUGCUCCUCUCAUUGAGCCGGAUGACUCCGUGACUGUAUCUCCCAUGGACCUCAUACCAACAGCGGAGGAAGCUGCUACUGAGGUUUUUAUGUCUCAAGUUGUUGACAAUACAGAGGAAUCUCCUACACCGAACACUGAGGUAUCUUCAGAACCAAUACCGCAUGGUGAACUAGAAGAUUAG